UCGGACAGUUAUUAUGCCGACAAAACAUUUGAUAAAAUUGUUUUAAAGCAAUUUGAUAUUGACUUGAAAAUUUUGCAAAAGUUACUUUUUGGACUGUUGUAUGAUUAUUACAUGAUACAUAUCUGAUGACUUCUUGUGACAACACUCCCGUCUUAUUUUAUGUUGCUCUAUUGUAUUCAUAGUUUUCGGACACAAAUUUCUAGACUUGGCCAAGUCGGGGUGAACUUAAUUAGUCUACAAACGACGAUAAGGAUGACUUCAAAAUCGUCAAAGUCAAGGUGGUCUAUUUCACUGGUCUGUCCAAAUGAUAACCAUGAUCCCAUUAAUCUACCACAUUUGGAGCCUGUGUAUGUGGGUCGAUCACCAGAGACUCGUAUUGUUGAUCCAAGAUGUUCGAGAAAACAAGUGAAAAUAAAAGCAGACUUAUAUGCCUGUCAAAUUGAAGCAGUUCAACUUGGAUCAAAUAGUUCAGCCCUUGAUGGAGUUGAAAUGAUACAGAAUAAAGUAUACCAGAUGAAGCCAAACUCAGUUCUCCAUGUACUCACUGGCUGCUUUCCUCAAAAACUGAAAAUAGCAGAACUAUCAACCUCAAAGAACAGACAUAAAUCUGAUUCAACUGAACGGAAGUCAUCAAAUCACUCCAGUAAUGAAAAGACAAGGCAUCAUUCUACUUCAGGUCAGUCUCAUAAAGAAUCUCAGAGCAAGAAGAGGCCUUCCUCCUCUGACAGUGGAGGUGGUUUGCCAUAUAAGAAGCAAAAACUUGGACAUGACAGUGAAACUGCAAGUUCAAGUCAGCAGCAUGCACAAGCCUCAGAUGAGGAUGAAAAGAAUUUACUCGAUGUGUCGGCUAAAUUGGAUCUUUUGAAGUCUUCUGCCAAGCAGCAAAAAAAAUCUGAAAAUGGCAGUUCUACUAACAAUGCAAAGAAAACAACUGAAGUAUAUGAAGAAGUCAAUAAAAGAAAUGACAGUUCAGGGAGUUAUCAAGCGAGUGAAUCUAAAUGGGACCAGCAUGAGAGUCUCCACGUUUACACUUGUAAAGGAUUGAAACAUAGUUCAAAGGUUGCUGGGUUUGACAUUGAUGGCACAAUCAUUACUACACAGUCUGGCAAGAUCUUUCCUAUUAAUGCAGGGGACUGGAGAUUGUUGUACAAAGCUGAGAUUCUCAAAAAGUUGAAAAGUCUCUAUGAGGAUGGGUUUAAGAUUGUGUUCUUUACCAAUCAGCUUGGUGUGUCGAAGGGAAAGAUUAAAAUUCAUGAGUUGAAGAGCAAGUUCGAGGACAUUGUUCGCCAGCUUCGUUUGCCCGUACAGAUCCUGGUAUCCACCAAGGGAGGUUUAUACAGAAAGCCAUGCACUGGGAUGUGGACGUAUUUCGUUGACAAGCAAAAUGGGAACAUGAAGAUAGAUUUUUCUAAGAGCUUCUAUGUUGGAGAUGCUGCUGGCAGACCAAAAGACUGGGCUCCAAAGAAGAAGAAAGACUUCAGCAGCAGUGACAGACUGUUUGCCUUGAAUAUUGGCCAAGGCUUGGCUUUCCACACACCUGAGGAGUAUUUCCUGGGCUACCCUUCCACCAAGUUUGUCAUGCCAGAGUUUGACCCUCGAACUCUAGACCCAGAUGCCCCAAUGUUCGAACCUAAAUCGACACAACUAACUUCAUCUGCAAAAGAGGUGAUUUUGCUGGUGGGAUGCCCAGCCUCUGGAAAGUCCUUCUUUGCCAAGCAUUACCUGGAGCCAAAGGGAUAUGUUGUGGUGAACAGAGACACAUUGAAGACAUGGCAAAAGUGUGUAGCCAUGUGUACAGAGAGCCUGAAGGCAGGGAAGAGUGUGGCUGUCGACAACACAAACCCUGAUGUUGAGUCACGUGCAAGGUAUUUGACUGCAGCUAAAGCCCAGGGUGUGCCAUGUCGGUGUUUCGUGUUCACCACUACUCUCCAGCACGCCAAACACAAUGAAAGGUUCCGUGAGAUUACAGACAAGUCACACCAGCCUAUUAAUGACAUGAUUAUGAACAGUUUCAAAGGCAAGUACAAAGCCCCAGAGAUGAGUGAAGGCUACAAAGAGAUGGUGAAGGUCAAUUUUGUACCUAAAUUCACUGACGAGAAGCUAAAGCUGCUGUACAGGAUGUUCCUGCUUGAAAAGUGAACCCAAACCAGAUUUUGUGACAUUAUGGGUGGUGCUAUUUGUACAUGGUAGUGGAUAUUAAAUAACUUGACAGUUUGACAGUUAACACAUGUAUGCCAGAUGAUGAAAAUAUUAUGUACAUAAGACAUGAAUGACAUUUGAGAUCAGUGUUCACAUUCUUCUUGGUAAAGAGAUUCAAACUUGUUGAAAGACAUCAUGUGACAAGGGUGUUUGCUUCUAUUGGUUUAAGGUUGAGGGAAUUCAAGAACUGACAAUGAUGAAUAGUUAUGGUAUAUGAUGCAUGAUAACCAGAUGGAAGUGUCUAAUCGUGUCUCUGGAUAUCCCGAGUUGUGUUGGGAGUGUUUCAAUGCAUCGACCAGCAUGUGGAGACUUGUAUUAUUUAGACUGUGCUAUUCUGCUUGUAUAUGGUAGAGCGAAUUCAGACACUUUUGACUAUCAUGAAUGGUCAUAGUGAAUGAUUGAAAAAUGACAAGCAUCUUCACUUCUAUUUGGUAGAAGGAUUCUUCAAGAAUUUUUGACAAUUAUGGACAAUCCUGGAAGAUAGUGGGCAGUGAAUCAUUAAAAUUAGCUUAUAUUUAUGCCCUUUGAAACAAAAAGUUUAUAUUUUUUAGAUCUGACACACAUACAUUUCUUCUUGAUCUUGUCUGGUCAAAGUCAAUAUUGAAAUGAUUGUGAAAUGAAGCCAGUCUGCAUAUUGAAAAUGCUCAAAUUGUUGUUGGUGAUUACUGAUACUACAAUGUAGUAAAGAUAUGUCAGGCAUUUUGCGGACUAACAUACACUUAUAUAUGCACACUGUAUUUUAGGUUUCUAACAGUUACGAUUUAUUAUUUGCACAUAUUUCCACACUAUAUAUUCCAACUGUAACAUACUUAGUUUAAAGUGUAUGGUACAUGAUCAAUUAUUUUUGAAAAUGGGGGCUUAUGUUAUUUUCUAGGGGUGGGUGUGGCAGGUUGACCGUUUGUGAUAUGGUUCAUUUUAUGUGUUAACCCCUGUGAAAGUAGUUCUGAUGAAAAUGUAUGCAUCUACAUCUUAUUCAGUAUGUAGUGGGAAUCUCUGGUUAAUUAUGAAAAAAAUCAUUCACAUACAUGUAAUGAUUUUAUUAUCUAUUGUAAUGUAGAAAAAGUUGAAGUUUCAUAACACAUGUUUUACCAAGACACUCUGGAUCAUUGUAGAGUGCUGUUUGAUAAUAAACAUCUUAUUACCAACAGGCAAUUAAUGAGCAUUUUAUUCUGUUUUAAUCAAAGAAUGCAAGGAUCAUUGGCACUAGCACAUUAUUUUUAGGCUUUUAAUGUUUCCAAGUUCAUUUACAAUAGAACAGUAGCUAGUGUUUCAGUGUAACAAUUUAAUGAUCACAACACGAUGCAGUAGAUAGUAUUAAUACUAUAGAAAAUCUACAUCUACCUGUUCCAAAUUUCUAAGUUUUGUGAUUGUUCCUAAAACAAUUCUUUCUUUAUUUUUCAAGCGAAAUGACAGUUAACUUUAUUGAACACAAACUGAUGUUCACCCUUAGCCUUGUAAUACUAGUCCAAAUUUCACAUGUCAUGUAAUUGAUUAAGGUUGUGUUAAUUUCAAAUAAAAACUGAACUCCUUUU